UCAGAAGAUAUUUGGAAGUUGCAGAUCACUCUCUUUGACAAAUAUUAUCCUAUUUUUAAAUUAUGGCUUUUCUGUACACCCUUUGUAUGUAUCCGUCAUCCAGAUGACAUAGAGAUAAUACUGAAGAUGCAUAUCAACAAGAGCUUUGUUUACAACUUCUUACAUCCUGCUUUAAAAACAGGUCUUCUCACUAGUGGAGGUGCAAAAUGGCAAUCGCGACGAAAAUUAUUAAAUCCCAUGUUCCAUUUUGCUAUAUUACAACAGUUUGUUGACGUUUUCGUUAAGCAGAGCGAAGAUAUGACAAACUCUUUGAAAAAUACGGACGACCAUAUUGUAAACGAUUUGAUGUUUUUUAUUAGUGAAUAUACGCUUAAUACAAUUUGCGAAACUGGAAUGAGUACUUCUCCAUAUAAACUUGGUUCAUUACAACAACAGUAUCGAAAUGCAAUUCAUCAGAUGUUGGAACUCAUAGUUUAUAGAGCAAUAAGACCGUGGUUAUAUUACGAUUGGAUCUUCGCAUUUACACCAAAAGGUAGACAACAAAUGAAACAUCUAAAGAUAAUAAAUGGAUUUUCUCAGAAAAUUAUUACUGAAAGAAAACUUUAUCAUGAACAAACUAAUGGACAAUACUUGAAAGUUUGUGAUAACGAUGUAUCGGCAGAAAAUUGUUCAGAAACCAUUACAAGUAUGUUACAUAAUUGAAUGUUACUAAUGUAGUUUGAUAUUAAUUUAGUUUGAUUUACGUUAUAAAUUUAUUUGAAAAUACUCAGA